AUGACAACUUCGUCUUCAAGAUCAAGCUUCAAUGGUGGUACAAGAAUGAGGAACAAGAAGGUAAUAAGAUGCGACUGUGGUGAUGUUUGUGGUGUAUCAGUCUCACGAACACCUGAUAACCAAGGACGAAAAUUUUGGGGCUGCCCUAAUUAUCAGGUGGAAGGAGGUAACUAUGGUUUUUUCAAAUGGGCGGAUGAAGAACUAGGUCAAAAUAUGGAGAUGUGUCAUACAGAGGAGAUCAAGCCAUUGUUAGAAGUGAUCAUAGGGUUGUUAGUGGUUAUAUCGUUGAUGCUAGCAAUAGUGGUUAUUAAGAUGUAG